CCCCGCCCCUCCCGCCGCAGCCCUCGGGCCGCGGCUCCGCUCCGGGCUCGGGCCGUUGCAGCGGCCGCGACACGUGGCGCGGCGGGGCGGCCCGCGGGCGGCAUGGCCGCGGCGCCCGAGGCGGCGGGCGGCGGCAGCAGCAGCCGCCACGAGAAAAGCCUGGGGCUGCUGACCACCAAGUUCGUGUCGCUGCUGCAGGAGGCCAAGGACGGCGUGCUGGACCUCAAAGCGGCUGCUGAUACCCUUGCUGUGAGGCAGAAGAGACGGAUCUAUGAUAUCACCAAUGUUUUGGAGGGAAUUGAUCUAAUUGAGAAGAAGUCAAAAAACAGCAUUCAGUGGAAAGGAGUAGGUGCUGGCUGCAAUACAAAAGAAGUCAUAGACAGGCUGAGGUAUCUGGAAGCUGAAAUUGAAGAUCUAGAGCUAAAAGAAAAAGAACUGGAUCAGCAGAAACUGUGGCUUCAGCAAAGUAUCAAGAAUGUAAUGGAUGAUUCUACAAACCACCAAUUCUCAUAUGUAACCCAUGAAGAUAUCUGUAACUGCUUCAAUGGAGACACACUUCUAGCAAUUCAAGCACCUUGUGGUACACAGUUAGAAGUACCUAUACCCGAAAUGGGACAGAAUGGACAGAAGAAAUACCAGAUCAAUCUUAAAAGUAGUUCAGGACCUAUCCAUGUGCUGCUUAUAAAUAAAGAAUCAAGCUCCUCCAAGCCCAUGGUGUUUCCAGUUCCUCCACCUGAUGACCUUGCACAGCCCCCAUCUCAACCUGCAGCUCCAGCAACUCCCCUUAAACCUGCAACAGCUCCUCAAAAUCCACCAGAACAAGGUCUUAAUCAAGGAGAAGAGUUACCACCGACAUCAGUUGUGGACACGCCAUCAGAUGGCAUCACACAGGAGAGCAGUUCAACCCCAUCAGCUCCUUACUCCAGCCUCCCAGAGCCGGUGUUGUACCCCAGCCUUUCAGGAGAUGACGCCCAAGCCACAGCGAGCUCCAGUGACUACCAGGGCUUGCUGCCCCUGGAUGUUAACUGUAUUCUCAAGCCAAACACAUUCGACAUAGCAAAGAUGGAGGAGCCCACAGAAAAUUUCAGUGGGGAUAUUAUUGAUGAACUCAUGUCUUCUGAUGUUUUUCCUCUCUUACGACUCUCUCCUACUCCCGGAGAUGACUACAACUUUAACCUGGAUGAUAAUGAAGGAGUCUGUGAUCUCUUUGAUGUGCAGAUACUAAAUUAUUAGAUACUGUGUCAACCAGACUACUUAUCUACCUCUAAAUAUAACAUUCUAGACUUCUUCAUAACAUAAGUAUUUGAAUAAUGAAUGUAUAACUUCUUAGUUCACUGACUCUGGGAGUUUAUUUCCUUUUGCUUCCUUUAACUACUUCACAAAACAAAUUCAACCAGAAAAAAGGGCUUUCAUCAGAAAUUCUGGCACAUUUUUUCACCUGAGUGUCCUCUGUGUAAUCCAAUUAUUUGGAUUUCUUCUUAGUAAGAAAAGUGAAAAUGCUUUACAGCCUUCUGAUCAUUAAAAAAAAAAAAAAAAAAAAAAAGACUUCUUUCUCACAGUUAACAGCAUUUUCUUUGAAGCUUUACUGCCAAGAAGCCUUUUUUUUUUUUUUUUUUUUAACCUUUCAAUCAAUUUUGGAGCUUUCACUGCCAAGCUGAAAAGUAACGGAUACCAACUUGAGUUAUGCUAAAUUGUUUCAGUGAACCAAUUUUGUGAAGUGCCUUCUGUUUUAGCACUUUAAGUUUCUCACACUGACUUCUGACAUUCCACUUUCCUAGAUGACAGGAAAGGUCUGUUUGUAGUUUGUAUUAAAGUGUGCCAAUACUUGUAUAUUAACAAGAUUUUUUUAAUAAAAUUGUACAAACAAAGCCA